AGCAAGGUUAUAUACCAAGUAAUUAUGUUAGAGAUGACGAGUCACCAGAAAGUCAAAAUUGGUGGUUUGAGUAUGAUAGAAAUGAAUCUAAUAAGAUGUUGCUAUUAGCUGGUAAUCCUCAGGGUACAUUUCUUGUGAGAGAAGCAUCAGAUAAGAGAUCACUUGUGUUAUCUGUAAGAGAUGAAGAUAUUGUAACAUUAGCUGUAUCUGUUAGGCAUUAUAAAAUCAGAAAAAAGGAUAAUGGUGAAUUCUAUAUUAGUUCCCGUUUCAGUUUUAAAAAAUUGGAAGAACUCAUUGAUUUUUAUAAGGGAAAUAGUGAGGGAUUAUGUUCAAGAUUGACAAAACCAUGUCCUAAACUCAGACCUGUUGUUCCUUUUCGGGAAUUGGAAAUCAAUCGUGAUGUCAUUAAAUUUGGUGUAGAACUAGGAAAAGGAUUCUUUGGAAAAGUUUAUAAAGGAAAACUAAGAAAUGUCGUUGAUGUUGCAAUAAAAGUUUUAAACUCAGCACAGAUGACAAAUGUAGAUUUUUUGAAAGAAGCUCAAAUAAUGCACAAACUUAGUCAUAGACGUUUGGUAGGAUUAAUCCAUGUUUGUACAGAUACAUUACCUAUCUUAAUUAUAACAGAGUUCAUGGCCAAUGGGUCUUUAUUAAAAUAUCUACGCAGUGAUGAUGGAAAAAAUCUUGAGUUUCUAAAACUUGUUGAAAUGGCAGCACAGAUAACUGAUGGUAUGGCUUAUUUAGAAAAAGAACAUUUAAUUCAUCGUGAUUUGCGGGCUGAUAAUAUUUUAGUUGAUGAAAACUGUACUGUUAAAGUAGCCGAUUUUGGCCUGGCAAGAGAAUUAUUGAACAACGAAGAUUAUGAUGCUGCUGAAAAUACAAAAUUCCCUAUCAAGUGGACAGCUCCAGAGGCGGCUAAUUAUAGAAAGUUCAGUAUUAAAUCUGAUGUGUGGUCAUUUGGUGUAUUAUUAUAUGAGCUAAUUACUUAUGGAAGAGUUCCUUAUGUUGGUAAAUCUGGCAAGGCAACUAUUGAUAUGAUAUCAAACGGAGGAAGAAUGACACAACCUGAGGAGUGUCCAAAUAGCUAUUAUGAUAUUAUGUUACAAUGUUGGAAGCAGAGACCUGAAGAACGACCAACAUUUGAAUCUUUACACAAUACAUUUGAAGAUUAUAUUGUGAAUACAGAAAAUGAAUAUGUAGGAGGGGAUGAUACAGAAUAA